AAACUGAGGCUGGCUCGCCAGCGCGUCCCAGCCCUUGUUUGAAGCGUCUCAAGUUGUAGCUCCUCAUUCUGCCCCUCCUCCUCUCUCCCUUCAGUCAAGCUCCUGCAACAAGCUCAGGAAUCGUCUCGCUUCAUCGCCACGGACCAUGGUGGUGAUUGGUACUCCAAGCGGAUUGUGGGGCCAAUUUUCCAGCCUCUUCUACCUCUUGGCCGGCCUCUACUCGGACCUCCUACUCGUCCGCUUCUACCUCUCCCUCGGGUACGUCCUCCUCAUCGUGAACGGGCUGCUCGGCUUCCCGCUCUGGGGCGACUACGUCUCUGACCCGCAGUUCAUCGCCAUCGACACCGUCAUCUGGAGUGUCGUCGGGCUGUACGUGCACUUCUCCUCCUUCCUGCAGCUGCUGUACGACGAGCGGUCUGUGCCGCUCGCGGAGACGGAGGACGAGCUGUGGCGCUUCUUCUUCCGCCACGGAGGCAUCACGCGCGUCCUCUUUGCGAGGUACGUCCUCAGGCCGGGCGAGAUCCGAACCUUCUCGCCCGGCACGCUGAUCAACGACCCGACGCAGAGCGAGCGGCUCCACCUCAUCAUCCGGGGGCACGUCCGCGCGCACAUCGAGUACGAGCAGGGCCACCGCACCUUCGACUUCUACUCGGGCGACCUCUUCGAGUUCCGCUUCCUGCACCAGUUCGGCCUCCGCGUGGGCUUCCUGGACGCACAGAUGCAGGCGGUGGCAGAGUCCGACGUGCAAACCUUCUCGAUCGACGUUGUAGGCGAGCUCAACCGCAGCUCCUUCCUCCCGUCCGUCCGCCAAGCCUGGCAGGCUGUCCUGGCCUCGGUCCUCGCCCGGCAGGCCCCCACCUCGACGCGCCAGUCACUCCGCCUCCCGAUUCGUCGACUCCGCCAUGGCCCAGCCCCAACCUCGCUCUCUGCCCUCGCACCUCUCCCCUCCCGCCGCUCAGGCGGAGCUCGCAACCUCGCCCUCGCGGACCUCGCGCGAGAGGGAGAGCGGCGCACUCGCCAGCUGGGUGCACCCCGCCUUCCAGCCGCUCGACGCGUCGGAGCUGCCGCCCGCGCACACGCCCGGCUCGGGCCGCUUUUUCGAGCGGCCGCUGCGCAACUUCGCGCUGCUGCACGUGCACACCUUCUCGCCGCCCUUCCCGUGCACAAAGCCGCUCUUCGGGCUGCGCCACUCGAGCGCCGCCAUGUCGCAGGACGCAGAGGACAUCGCGCACGUCGCGCGGACCCUUCGCGACCCGACGACCGCGAAAGAUGCGGCUGUGAGGGAGCUGUCGCAACGCGAUUCCGGGAGCGAGAGAGGCAGAGGGGAGGAGCGCGCGUCAGAACGCAGCUUGGUGUAGACGGCAGAGUAGAGACACGACUGGAGAACCACGUGCGACAGUAGGUCGUGGCGCGCUGUUUUACACUACGAAAAC